CUGGGCCAGGAGCAUGCUUCAGCCGCUGCAGUGAGGGAUGCAGGACACCCAAGUUAAUGCUGGAGCCUGCAGGGAUGCAGAUGGAGAACCGCUGGAGCUCAGAGGCUCUGGAUGCUGCAGCUCUGAGGCAGCAAAGGAGGCUGAAACAAGCUAUCCGGUUCCUCCAUAGAGACUCAGCUGAUCUGUUGCCCUUGGAUGGACUGAAGAAACUUGGAACGUCUAAACAGGGACAGCCACAUAACAUCGUCCAAAAGCGGCUGCUGCAAGCCUGUGAAAGCAUGGCACCAAACAGCGGCAGGAUGCUCCUGAGCCCUUUAAAUUCAAGAGAGGACAACAGGGAGGACGAGGACUUUGUUCACGUGUUGUGCAAAUGUUUGGGACAGGAAGUGAAAGUGCUGAUUGACACCGGCUGCAAGCAGAAUCUUAUGUCAUCACGGACUGUGGAGAGUUUAGGUUUGACCGCUUUAGUCGAGAAGAAUCGAACAGAGCUGAAUGGCUUUCCGUUUCCUCAUAACGUCUGUGUCCAAGGAUGCAUCCAGGAGCUCAGCCUGACCAUCGGACAGCUCAGAAUCAUGUCUUCUUUUCUCGUUCUGGAAAGCACUGAGCCCCUCAUGUCUCUGGGAUUAAAGACUUUGCGGUCUCUCAAGUGCGUAAUUGACACAGAGAAGCAGAUGUUGGUGUUUGGAACAGCGAUAAGGGACCGAGUGCAGUUUGCCAAAAAGCCAUUUAUUAAAAGCUCUUCUGACUUCUGAGAUGCAGGUUACUGACCUUCCUGCCUCGGCUUAAACACAGGCUGACGAAAGAAACAGAUUUAUCAAUGCAACUAGAUUCCUCCUUUUUAUCGUAAAUACUGUCAUACUUUUCUGUCUGAUUUUUUUUUGCAGGUAACUUAAUAAAAACUGCAUUUCUUCACAUAUAGAAGCUUCUGUUUACACCUCCACCACUCACACAAUAACUUCCUCCUGAAGCACUGUAGUACCUUGAAGUCAGUACCUUGUAAAAACUCUCACUUGUGUAGUAUGUUCUAUAAAAAUAGUUUCCAGAAAAGUUUAGUAGUGUUUAAAAAAUAUGACAGAACUGUGAUAUACAGCUAUAAACUACAAUACCCAACAUUCAUCACUAGUAUUGAAGAAUAUAACGCUGUUCUCCACACAGCUUCAAUGUUUGUAUUCUGUUUUUUAAUAUUUAUUGAGUCUUUUCUAGUCUGAAAUGUAUCUACAUUGAGGCCAGUGCUUUCAAUAUUUGCAGUGAUUGCAAUUGCAAGUGUUGUGUUUUAUUACAUCAAUGUUGUUAAAAUUACGGCUAAAUUAAAUCAGGAACAAUUUAACUGUUUA